AAGAAAUUGAACUUCUUGGGAGUGCUGAUUGCUGCGGCUGGGCUGUAGGCUUGACCCCCCUUGGAAGGCAACACUGGAUCAUUUUUCGAGCAGACCAGUCAACUGGCCGAGUACUCCACUCCUCUUCAACCUCCAACCAACAAAACCCACAAGCAUGUCAUCCUCUGUCGCCCCCUCACCACCGCCCUCACCACUCCACCAUCACCAACACCAGCAGAAGAACCAGAACCAGAACCAGAACCAGAACCAGUACUCAACUACUUCGAGCCCAUCAAACGAACGAAGGGACCCAUUCAGAAGUUUCAUCAAACCAUUCCUCAAACGAGGCACAUCUACCACCUUCGAAUCAAUCAAAGACCAUCUCAAACUGAACAACAACAACAACAACAACAGCACCAGCAGCAAACCAGCCUCACACCAGCAUCAUCCAUCAGCAUCAGCAUCAGCAUCCUUACCACCAUCCCAACUCACCUCAGCCAACCUCACCAAAUCAAAGUCACAUCAAGUCUCUCAAUCCUUGGAUAACAGCUCAGCAUCAACUCACACUCAAACCCGUCAAAAGAUCUCGCGUGCCCGUCAAGCAGCCUCACUCAAAUUUCAUGCACUCUCAUCACUCUCCUCAAGGAAUCAGAACCACAAACAGACCAGUAGCACCUCAACCGAGAACUCAUCCCUCACCGAUCUCGAGCUACCCUCAAACCGAAAUCAUCAUCAUCAUCAUCAUCAUCAUCAUGAAAGACGACUAUCAGCAGAUCCUACCUCAAUCCUCCUCGCCUCAUCUCAACCUAUGGGCUCACUCACUGCUUCCUCCUCUCGCCCAUCCAAUUCGAUCGUCUCCAUGACAAGCUCCAUUCAUUCCUUGCUCACCCAACCUGCACUCGUCACCCUAGCACAACUGGCACCCGCCCAACUCCUCUCUGGCGUCCACUCCAGCUGUUUCGGUUCAUCCGAUGCAUUCAGAAUAUUUGAUGAAUACGAACUCUCUCAGAAUAAUCAAUACUAUCGACAAUCUUCCAACGAACCCAGUCCGGAUGAGCCUGCUAGCAUCCAUCAAACCACUUCCUCGAACCCUUCUCCUAGACACCUUCCCACUACCAUCGAACAACUCAGUGCAUCCUCCAUCGCCCUACCGAUCACUUCGAUCUCAAGCAUCUGGAGGCUCUUGAACUGUAUCGAAUGGAUCAACAUCAAAGAACGUCAACUGAUCACUGAUGACCCAAACAUCAAGAUCAGCUAUAACUCUUACUCAACUCACACCCCAUCCUUAACCCCUAGCUCAAGCCAACAACAACAACAACAACAACAGCAACAGCAAGAUCAACAAAUUCCCGACAAUCUCACUCAAGGUCUUGGAAGUUUCGAUCUCGCAAAUACCUUGCAACAUGUCGGUGAUAUCCUAUCAGCAAUCAGCUCGGAAUCUCAAGUCGAGAUUGUCUUUUAUCACAUCUUCUAUCCUCCUCGGCCAGAGGCUGGCGAAUUAGGCCUUCUCAAUGCUGCCCGUGAACAAGAACAACAAUCACCAGAUCAUCACUUCUCAUUCUCAUCCGAAUAUGCCCACACCCAUCACUCAACAGAACCAGCCAGUCGACCCAACAUCGAUCCAUCACCUGAGACCCCCAACCCAUUCUUAGGUGCUGGUGCAGAUGGGGAGGGUGGCUUACGAGAGAUCUCAGUCAAGGCAGACGAAAAGGGUUUGAUCAUCGGCCUUACCUGUUUGCUCAGGCAGAUCCUCUAUCGAGCAAAACGAUCGAGUACGAUAGAAGUCGGUCUUCAUCUCACUCCUUUACAUUCUCAAGCACCAUCAGAACCUUCAGGAACUGAAGAUCAACGAGAUCCUGUCCCAGCUACUCAUCAAGAAGACCCCUCUAUGCCAGAUAACUCAGUCUGUACCAGCUGGAAAUGCGUCUUUGACGUGUCUCUCAUGCCUCCCCUACUACCUAAAUCCUCAUCUCCGCAAACCAUGCAGGACACUCAGAACGAAUCAAACCUCUCGAACGAAGCUACUGUUGAUACCAAGAACAUCUCAAGUCCCGAUCCAGAUGCCGACCGGCGUGCCUCGAUUGGUGCUCAGCUUCGUGCAUCCGCAACACUAGCCCGUCUACGAAUGUCCUCCAAUCUGACUUCAGAACUCCCGCUAUGUCCCGAGGAAUCGCUCUCGAAAAUCAUCUUUGAGAAACUCUUGGGAAUGAAACUCAGUACUGGCAGACUGACUUCGAGUGGCCACAGCUGGAAAGUCACUGGGAUCUUCGGUAAAGGGAUCGGGCGAGAAUCAGAUGAUGCUGAUGGGACAUCUCGAAAGUCGUACGCCGGUCAUUCUCAAGCUUCUGUUUCUGCUUAUGCCUCUGUCACACCUAGUAGGGAGCCUACUGCGGAUGAGCUAACUAAAUUUGCCGAAACAACAUUGAAAGGAAAGAAGGCGGUCUUCUUUGCUGCCGAGCAGAGUAUUUUUGCCAAACACAUCACCACUUAUCUUACCAGCUGGAAUAUCGACGUCUCACAUAUGCCGUACGAGAAAGGUGAACAUGAUCCAUCCAACUCAUCAGCAGAGAUGUCUGCCCCAGUUGGCGCAAAUGGUGCAGAGAAACCUGCUACAUCUGGGCCCACCGUACCUCCCUCCAGCGCCAGCAGCAGAUCCAUCCGAUCCAACAACUUCAUUAUCAUUGAUGAUGAUGUUACGACCUUGAAAGCUCAGCUGCUCAAGCUGAAAGCCUCGCCUACAAGUUUGCUUCACCUAUCGGCCCAUGUUCUACCCAAUCAACCAUCUCAGCUAUCUCCAACUUCCGGAAAGUUCAAGAUAUCAUUCGCAAGCAUCUCAACGGGGUUCAGUGGGGUUUCCAUUCCCGAUAUUCUCGUUAUUCCUAAGCCGAUCGGACCUCGAAGAAUUCUGACAGCUCUACACACGGCACUAAGUCGACCGAUUACCGAACCUCAAUUUGUUCCCAUCGCUACUUCACCCUCCAGUCCUGGUACACCUCACUACCUUAACUCCACCAGUCAUCCCUUGGGUAGCAGUCAGCUAGGCAAGGCCAGUCCAGCCAACUACCUCGGAGUGACCGAUUUCGAUACAGCUGCCGCAAAUCAUCUCAAGAAUGACGCAAAUCUGGGUAAUGAAAACCCAAGCCUUGCUCGGCAACCAUCUAUUCAAAAUUUGACACCACCCGGCUUGCGAACUCCCGGUACUGCCCCGGGAACACCAGGUGUACCCUCACCAGCCUUACUCUCACACGAAGCUCUAGAGUACUUCUCAAAAGCUGCAACAGAGAAUGGAGGCAGCUCUAGUACCGGUGUAGUCUUGCAAUCACCCGAUGGACGUCCGCAAGCCAUGUUUUUCCAUCAUUCUGGGUCCUCCAAUCGACUGAGAAAUGAACUUUUCAAUCAUUCGAUCCAUGGCGCUCUCCAAAGUUCUCACAUGAGUGGCUCGACUAGUGGCAAGCCGAAACUUGAGGGACGAAGCAGUUCCAGUCGGCCGAUGCUCCGGGAAAUGAUUAGUGUAGAACCUAAUACGGAGCCUAUGACUCUAGCCCAACAAGUCAUGGCUAGUGCUGAGAGUACAGCCAGGACCCAGUCUCCAUCAUCCCUCUCUAACGCGGGGUCGAACGAUCCAACAGCCAAGAGUGACACAUCUACUCCCUCGAACCAGAACCGGCUCGGCCAAUCAGUCCGAAGCAGCCAUCUAAGCGCCAACCCUAUAUUAGGUGAUCCACCCGAUAGCACGUUUCCACACGCAAUAGCUUUAGCUCAGUACGAAGCGAUUUCCCCCAAGACACCUUCGCUACCGUUCCCUGAAGGCCUCUAUGCAGCCAAUCAACAGCGCCAAAGCUCUGGCUCAUCGUCUCACUCGGUAGCCCCUACGCCUAGCCCGAGUACGGCACCGGUGACGCCUAACGUGACCCAAACAGGCUUGUCCUCAUUGACAAAAGAGCAGCAACAAGUCCUGCUGAAUCCGCGCCCAUUGCCCAUGCUCAGGAUGCCUUCCAUCCCCGCCAACCUGCCCACUUCGAUCUCUGUCACCCUCUCCUCUCCCCGUCGACGACCGACUUCGCAACUCCCGAGCUCCUCCAAUGAAUCAGCAUGUGUGGGUAAAUCGCGCUCGCAACAUUCGCCGCCUGUUCCAACCCAUCGUCCGGGCGUGGUUGAUGAGCACAAGUCUUCCUCGACAGCCUUGGGCGUCAACGAGAUCCCUAGCGCCGCCCUCUCUAAGUCAACCAGCGCGCUCAUCGCUGCUAGCAGGAGAAGCACUUCGAUGGGUGACUCGAUGAUUGCUAAUCGACUGGGUCGCAGAAGGGUCUCCCGAAAGCCAACGACUGCUCUUGUUCCGCCGAUCAAUGUCCUAAUCGUUGAAGAUAAUCGGAUCAAUCAGACCAUCCUGACUACGUUUAUGCGGAAAAAGUCAGUGAAAUACGAUGUCGCUAUGAAUGGACAAGAAGCAGUUGAUAAGUGGAGGACUGGUAGCUUCCAUCUCGUCUUGAUGGACUUACAAUUACCAGUCAAAGACGGGAUUGAGGCUACGAAGGAGAUAAGAGAGGCCGAGCGCUCAGUGAACAUCAAUGCAUUUGCGAAUACGCCGCCAGCCGUAGGCGGGAACACCCCACCGGCGUUAGUAGCCCCCAACACGAUGCCGCGGAUGACACCUCACAAUGUUUCAGUGAUCAUUGUGGCGCUGACGGCCUCUUCACUCGACGUGGAUCGUGAGGUGGCCCUGGCGGCGGGCUGCAAUGAUUUCCUGACGAAGCCAGUCUCGCUGGCCUGGUUGGAGAAGAAGCUACUCGAAUGGGGCUCGAUGGCCUGGCUCUCCGGCUUCUCGCGUCCCAACAUCUCAACCAACUCGCUCAACCGCUCCUUGCCGGCAUCCGUCCCCGCUGGCUUCGGCCAUCCUCCACCAGCGGGAAGCACCGCUGGGGCUGGAUUCUAUCUUGGCGCGGGAGGGAAGCCGAUGAUGUCCUUCACAGGCACCCUGGCCCAAAAGAAAGCCAAGGAAGUUGCCGACCAUCUCCACUUGAGUUCCGAUAAGGCCCGCGGGGCUCAGAUCCGCGAGAAGGCCCGCUUGGAGUCCAACAAUCCUGAGUCGAGCUCCACGAGAGACUCGCUCGAAAACACUAGCGACCUCUCCGGUACUGACGACGAUGCUAAUCUCUCUCGAAUCCCGACUGGCGAGACACAAAAACCCGCGGACAGCGAUCACCAAAAGACGCCUACCUCCGCUGUCCAACUCAACCAGAUCAUCAUCAACUCAUCCCCAUCGAUCUUAAACGAUGAUGCAGUCCAACAAUCAUCACCCAAAGAGAUCUCCCCCUCGCGGCCAAUCAUCUCGCUCCAAACGCCUACCCCUGAACGAUUCGACUCAUUCCCUGCAGCUGACCCUUUCAAUUCUUCUUCUUCUCACCAUCAUCAUCAUCCACCUCCACAUUCAACCUUGGAUGCCAAUGUCGAUCAGGUCUUACUCUUUGUUAAUAAUAAUCACACAUCUAAUCCUUCAAGCUCUGAUGACCUUCCUCCCACUUCAAAUCCUUCUAAUCCUCCCUCCCCGAAAUCUUCUUCUCCUUCCCCUCCCUCUUCCGCCCCUCCCUCGUCCUCUUCCUCUUCUCCCCCUCUCCAUGAAUGA